GGAGGGGUGUAUGAGGAAGAAGGGAGCAAUCCAUUGGAGGAGUGCCACAGCGCGGAGGAUAGGGGGGACUCCAGACUGGAUGGGCCCAGUGGUGACUUGAUGGAGCAUGGGUCAGGUUCUAGGGUUCUCCCACUGCAAGGAAUUUGGAACUGUGAACUCAACACCUGAUUCCACCCCUCCUUGCUCAGAUGGUGGAAAUGAGGAGUCCGACUUCCCGGAACUGCAGACAGCCAGGGAGUGGUCUGACGAUGAGGAAGGUCUCGAGGAUGACGACGCAUGUCUCAGCUGCUCAUCUGUAUGGGGCACACCACGUCAGAACUCCUCUGAGCUCACCUUCUCCUACAUUACCUUCUCUGAGACUGACAGCUCAUCACGUAGAGACUCAGGUCGCCGAUGGGCAGGAGGGAGGGGCAGCCGCGGUUCACUGAACCGCACGGACACUGUGGAGAGCCAGUUACCCAUAGACUCCCCUGCUGUGAAGUGGGACCCCCAUGCCUUCCUGCCUGUGGAAGGGGAGGAGGAGACCCUGCAGCAGACUCUAGAGCCCUCUGCUCAGAGCAGUAUUGAGGAGUUUCAGGAUAAAGACACAAGGACAUGGGAACCAAUGGAGGAGAUCUCAGGCAUCCAAACACACAGCUUAAAAUGCAGUCAUGAAGAUGAGCAAAUAACAGCACCACAGCUUGGGUCAGAGACUUCUGUUGCCAUGGAAACCACAGUCACUCUGGAGAUGGUGGGCACAUCACAUACAACACCUCCUGCCAUUGGUCGAAUCACUCAGGAAGAACAGAUCUGUGAACAGUGGUACUCUACUCUCAACUUAUCAGAGGGCCCAACAAUUUGCAUCCAGAUAGCAGUAAUGGACUUGAUCUAUUGGAAGGAUAUGAAGCGGACAGGCAUGGUGUUCACAGGGUUGGUGGUGGGGCUGCUGUCUCUGUUCCAGCUCAGCAUCAUUACUGUGGUGUCCACUCUCUCCCUGGCCGUCAUGUGCUUCACCAUCUCAAUUAGAAUCUAUUACAAACUGCUGCAUGCACUCCAGUUGGGAGACGUAGUGCACCCCUUCAAGUCGUAUCUAGACUUGGACAUCAGUUUAAGUGGAGAAGAGGCUCAACACUACAUACAGAGAGUUAUUGUGCUCAUCUGCUAUGCUGUGGACACACUGAGGAACCUGUUCUUUGUUGGCAGCCUGUUCAACUCACUCAAGUUCUUUUUGCUGAUGUACCUGGUGACAUUCCUGGGAAACCUCUGCAAUGGCCUUACCCUGCUUAUUAUUGGUGUGAUUGCUGUUUUCUCUGUCCCACUGUUCUACAGACGCCAUCAGAAUAAAGUAGACAGCUGUUUUGUUGCAGUACAAGCCCAUAUUGACAACAUGAAGGACUUUCUUCAUCGCCUGACCCAGGGUGGCGGACCACCCCCUGACUCCACCCCUGGUGGUGCUAAACCCAAGGCCCAUUGACACAUCUGACAGAGAAGAGGGGAGGAGCAACAUGCUGUCACUCAAAUGUCUUAAUUAGCAGUUUGUGCUCAGAGUACCGCCUCUGUGGAGAGUUAAUGAGGCAGGGCCUAAUAAGGGAGGGAAUAAGGGAGGACCAUGCAAAGAACAAUCUCGAAUGAAAAUGAAAGGUUUUGGAAUUCAAAGAAGUUAAAGACACACUGUCUUCAUUUGCACAAAUUAACAUAAGUAUAGGUUUUUGAAAGUGACUCAGCUGGACUGAUGCUCAAAUACAGUACUUGAGCUGCCAGUACUAUAACAGCCUCUUGAGAGUAACCUGAGCUAACGAACAUUGGAUGACUUCAGUGAAGUAACAGAAUUUUUGAAUUCACAUUGACUGCAAUUUAGCUGCCAAAAACAUUAUUUCAGGACCAGUUUCCAGAUCGACAUUUCACGUCUAACAGUCUCAAAAUAAUCUCAUUGUGUUUGUUUGUGUGUGUAUGUAUGUGUGGGCAACUUAAAGGGAUAGCAUCUACCCAAAAAUAAAAAUUAUGUGAUAAUUUA